AUGAUUUACGUUAACAGACGAUCUAAAGCUGCAGAGCUUGACAACCAACAACAAGAACACAAGGUUCCACUGGAGGCGUGCGGCCGACUCGUGUGCUGCGCGCAGAGGUUGUGCAGAAGCGGAAGUACGCCAGAAGAGGCCGAGCAACGAAUCAAUCGAGGGAGGAGGGGAGCACAGGCGGUCCCCGAGUUUGAGGGGCCCUCAGGCUCGGAGGAUGGCAUCCUCCCGAUACCAGUUAGCCCUAGUCCAGCAUCCACGUCCUCGCAGGAGGACGCCUGCAAGCCACCCGCGCGCAACUGCUACCGCCUCGUCAUGCUGGGUAGCGCGAGGGUCGGCAAAACAGCCAUUGUAGCACGAUUCUUGUCGAACAAAUUCGAAGAGAGUUACACACCGACGAUCGAGGACUUCCACCGAAAGCUGUACAGGAUUAAAGGCGAGGUCCAUCAGCUUGAUCUUCUGGACACGAGCGGGAAUCAUCCGUUUCCCGCCAUGCGACGAUUAUCCUUCCUAACCG